AUGGCUUCGAUGCAGAAAAUAAGAGAAGGAAUUUUUAAGAUUUCAUGGGUGAAUCUAAUACCAUCCACACCUAGUAGCAAUGUGGAAGUUAUUUUGCCAGAAAUCGCUGAAUCGUGCAAACUGUCAUAUGAAUACAUUAAGCAGAACGGCCUUUAUCUAAAAGAAGUUGUUCUUGAGAUUGACAUUGUAUUUUCUCCAACAAAUAAGAAGCCCCGGGACCUCGACUUUGUCACCAUUCUGGCCAGUAAAGAUGGUAAAAACCAAAUAAUGAAGUUGGAAAAUUCAAAAUGGAAAGCUGCCUUCAACAAUAACGUACAAGACCACCAGUGUCAUUGCGGAAAACUGUCUGGAUUCAAUCUCAACUUUGAAAUCGUAAUUGAUUUGGCAUCUAAUUCCACGAUUUUGGUGAAGAAAGACUCGAAGCAUGUCCUCGAUAACCUUCGGAAUUUUUGGAUGGAAAAAACUCUGGCUGACGUCACAUUCAAGUUUAAAGAACAAGUCAUCAAAGCUCAUACUUUGAUCGUCGCAUCCGGAAGUCCCGUCCUUUGCGCCAUGUUCCAAAAUGACUUCCAAGAAAAGUUGGAAAAAAUUGUGGAAAUCAAAGAUAUCCAGCCGAACGUUUUCGAUCAUCUUCUUCGCUACAUCUACACGGGGGAUGCUGACCUUGACAACGUAGAUGUUCCUGGACUGCUGGCGGCUUCCGAGAAAUACGGAAUGGAUUCUUUGAAAGAGGAGUGCGCAUUGCGUCUCUCGCAAGAUCUCAACGUUGAAAAUGCCGUACGAAAUCUCGUCUUAGCUCACCUUCACAAUUCCCCCAAACUGCAAAAAUCUACAUUGGAUUUAAUGUCGAGGAAUGCAAAAGCCAUUUGUUCCCGAAGAGACUGGAUGGAGCUAAUCAAGAAAUAUUCGGAGCUUAGCUUUGCGGCAAUGCAGAUGAUGGUGAAUUGGUGA